AUGGAUAGCAUACCAACCCCGCCCAACGAGGAACAGCACCCUAGGCCCCAUGGGCCGAAGCGGUCCCAUGCCGUCCCCAAAUCUGUAAAGACAGUCCACCGUAACUUGAAGCGGACCAACCCACACCACAGUCACCCCUCGUCGCCAUCACGAGAAAGCCACUCGCAACCAGGUGACGGGAGGCAUAAGCGAGUAUGGAAGGCCUGUGAGAGGUGUCGCAUGAAGAAGACAAAGUGCGACGGAGAAUUCCCUUGCAAGAGGUGUAAAGAUGACGGGUUAAUAUGCACUGCGGGAACGAGGAAAAAGACCGAGUACAAGCAACUGCCUCCAGGAUACGCCGAAGUGCUCGAGAACACCCAAUUUGUCCUUAUCGCCACGGUCCAGAAGCUGUACUCGAUGGUACGGAACGGAGAGCCAUGGGACCUGGGGGAACCGGAACUGAACGACCGCGGACAACCGAUCAUCCACAACGUCGCCGCACGACUCGGCUGCCUUCGACCGAAUAGCGAUUUGGACCUCCCUCCACACACGGUUUUCCCGGAGGACGAGGCGGGGAUGGCGGCGCUGGCUCGGCAAUUACAGGAACAGGCGGUAGCAACGACAGCAUCGGGGAGCGCCUCGCAGAGCAGCAGUGGACAGCACGAGGCGGAAUCUAACGGCGUCUACCACCAGACCGACCGGGCCAGCUCAACCGCGGCCUCCGACGUCGAACACUCGGAUCUCGAUCACCACGAGCCCGAUUACCGAAGGGCCGCCUUUGGCGGCGCCGCCAGCGCCCUUAGCUUGUCACCCGCCAGCCUCGGCUACCCGGACUUUGAUCUCCCCCCACCAUCUGCGACCGCGUCGGACGGGUUCGCUCCGAGUCAUCACUCGCCGACGAUGCCAACUAACCACGGUAACUUCUCGUGGCUGAGCCGACCGGCGUCGGCAUCGAUGGACUUUACGGCGGAACAGCUGUGGAUGGCCAACCAGGGGUUCAUGAACCCCGACGUUAUGACUUCGGGGGUUAUGGGAACGAACUACGUGACGAAACCGACGGGCUUCUCUUCGUUUCGAAAUUCCGAUGCCAUGGUUGGCCUGGCUGAUCCGGUCAUUUUUUCUGCGUUUGAGGAAGAUCAACCACGGCCGCUGUUUGCCACAUCAAAUAUGUAA